UGAGUGUGCGAGUGCGAGUGCGAGUGCGAGGGGAGGAGUUAAAAACAGGAAUAAGGAGGGUGGGAGAGUGGGUCAAAUCUUGCGGGAGGCCCGAAACCCUAACUUCUAUAGUCUUUUUUUUAUUAUUCUUCUUCAUCUUCAUCUUCAUCUUCAUCUUCAUAUUCGUCUUCUUCCCUUUCACAAGCCAAUUAACUCCAUCUUCAACUUGUUCGGAUCUGCAGCCGCCGGUUGAGAUUUGUUUUUGUAUUGUAGUUACUCUUAGGCUAGAGUGAUUCAGUGAGUGAGUCGGGGAUUGAUUGAUUGAUUGAUUUGACUGAUUUGAUUGAUUGAUUGACUGAUUGAUUGAUUGCUUGCUUGGAGAUGGAGAAUAACUCGGGGGGAAACGACGUGGAGCUUCUGUGCAAGACACUUCAGGUAGAACACAAGCUAUUUUACUUCGAUCUCAAGGAGAAUCCAAGGGGUCGAUACCUUAAGAUUUCUGAGAAGACCUCUGCUACUAGAUCUACCAUUAUAGUUCCUUCAAAUGGAAUUCCUUACUUUUUGGAACUUUUCAAUUACUAUGUUAAUUCAGACGACCAAGAUAUUUUUAGUAAGGAGUUGCAGCUUGAUGCUAAAGUCUUUUACUUUGAUGUUGGCGAGAAUCGAAGGGGCCGCUUUUUGAAGGUAUCUGAAGCGUCCAUGAGUAGAAACCGUAGUACUAUCAUCAUUCCUGCUGGAAGCACUAGAGAUGAAGGGUGGGCUGCAUUCCGUAACAUCUUGGCUGAAAUUAAUGAAGCUCUAAGCCUCUUCAACAUGUCCAAUCAGCAAAAUUCUGAAGCUUCAGAACGUAUUGUUGGUCUCUCUGAUGAUGUUGGUGCUGGCUUUAUUGCUGGCCACAGCACUCAAUCUAUUACACCUCCAACUGAACUAGCUUUGGACAGGUCGGCUGAGCUCCCUGCUCAGGAUGACAUUAGUGGCAACUCGGGAACCUCUAAAGUUAUUAGAGUUGACCAGAAGAGGUUUUUCUUUGACCUCGGUAGCAACAAUAGAGGGCACUUUUUGAGGAUAUCUGAGGUAGCCGGUCCUGAUCGUUCAUCUAUCAUUCUUCCAUUGUCUGGACUAAAACAAUUUUAUGAAAUGGUGGCACAUUUUGUGGAGAUAAGUAAAGACAAAAUUGAAGGAAUGGCAAGUGCAAACGUCCGAACGGUGGAUCCUCCUCAAAGAUAACUGCUCUAUGUCUCAGGAGUCUGUAAUUGUCAAUGCUCUUUAGCAUUCUUGAUUGCAACUAGUGAUCAAGUAGUGGUGACUGCAUUCGUAUUCAGUUGUCUUGUUUACAUUUAUGUCUGUUGCAUUUGACCCUGACAAUAAUAUUUGGGUGACUGCUGCACGAUGCGAGCUUUCAUUGGCUGAGGUAUAUUCAUAUUCGGAAUAACAAAAAUGUUUGUGAUAAUAAGGGUUUGAUAAA